AGCUUUUUCCCAAACAAGCUUACUAGUCUAUGCUGCUGAGAGACCGCUUUACCCUCCGAAAACCCUCCAGUCAUUCGUACAGACCCGCGAGAAGCGAGCUAGAGAGAAACCAUGUCGGGCUUCUCAUUUGGAUCUUCAUCGGGUUCUUCUUCUUCACUAUCCACGCCCGCAUUCUCCCUCUCGAACUCGCCCUCCUCCGGAUUAUCAUUCGGAUCCUCCGCCCCCCGAUUCGGAUCCGCCACCGCCACCUCUUCUUCCCCAUUCGGGUUCGGAUCCUCUACUUCCACUUCCUCUUCUUCUUCAGCUCCUUCCUUCUCCUUCCCCUUCAAUUCCGCUUCGACCCCCGCUUCCUCCUUGUUCGGAGCUGCACCGUCUUCUUCCUCUGCAACUUCCGCUUCCCCCCUGUUUGGGACAAUCUCAUCAACCUCAGUUUCGUCCCUAUUCGGUUCAGCUAAUUCUGGGUUUUCCUUGUUCGGGACCGCCUCAUCUGCUACUACUUCGGUCUCCGCCGCGGCAGGUUCUGGUUCGUCCUUGUUCGGAACGACGUCGUCCUCCGCUCCCAAGUCUAGUUCCCUCCUGUUCGGAACGACGUCGCCCUCCGCGGCACCAACCUCUGGUUCACCUCUGUUCGGAACGACGCCGUCCUCUGCGGCGCCAACUUCUGGUUCGCCUCUGUUCGGAACGACGUCGUCCUCCGCGGCUCCAACCUCAGGUGAUGGAGGGGACGAGGGUGAGGUAGUAAAGAAACCCAUGUGUCCAAAUUCUGUAGAGGAGGCUAAGAAUGAUUCUGCUGCUGCAGCUUCUAAGGCUUUCGGUGCAGUAGAUGAAGAAGAAAGUGCUGAAACUUCCCCUUUAUCAUCUCUCUGCGUAGAAGUAGACAGACAUGUCCCUUCUCCUCACAAUGUCCCAAUAAUCAAACGUAUUUUGCAGAAACAUGGGGACAUAACAAACGGCAGCAUAUUGAGGAGUUUGGAAGCAAAGUUGGCUUUCCUGGACUUGAUUGGUGAUGUAGUGAAUCGGCUUUGCACCCAUACAUUGGAGACCCUUUGUUCCCAUGAACUUCAACUCAUGGAGACAAAUGUAGCCGAUGCAGUUGCUGUUGGGUUCAAGGUGGAAUGGUUGCAGCAAAGGGUGGAUGAAAUCAAGACAGCUAAAUACCAGGCAUGUUCUAAAGAGUUGGAUGAGUUGGACAAACAAAUAGAGGCUGCAAAAACAUCUUUGAUGGAGAUGGAGCUACGACGGGACGAUUUGGCAAGGGAUGUUGCUGCCAUAAAAAAAGCUAAAAUUGAAGGAAAUGGUUUUUUGGGUUGUACCCUUAGUGAAGGGCUGCUGUGAUUAGUUUCUUCUAGAAUCGGUGCAGGCCGGAGUAAUGCUAUAUACCUAAUAAGUAUCCACAUUCCAUUUCCUUUCCUAAAGUUGAUGUGAUUUGAUCCGUUAUAGCAUUUGGUGGAUGAAAAUGAAAUUUUUGGUUGGACCAUGCUACAUCAACUUUUGACAAAUAGAAGAUGAAUACUUGUCCGGUAUAUGACACUAUUAAUGCGGGGUGUGAUGGUUGUUUGGAAUAUAAAAAUGGGUUUUGUACAUAGCUUCCUCAUCCUCUUCUUUUGUUGUGGCUAAAAACCCAUGAGGCUAGUAGUAAACAGCAGUAGAUGGUGUUCUUCUUCUUUCUUUUUGUUGUGGUGUUCUCAUGUCUCCUCAUAAUGGCAUGGCCCGUAUCUACUGUAAAUAGUUUUAGGGAGGAAUUUGAUGCAAACAUCAGGUAGAAUUGGCUUGUUAGGAGAUGGUGUCUAAUAGCUUGUAUAUACAUAUUAAGAUUGCACUUAAACCAUGUGAAAUACUUAUGAUUGUAACAUAUUACCACGCUUCUGAA